UCGGCUCAGAGUUGACUGAGGGGCCAUGUGGGGUUGCGGCGCGCUGUUGGGGGCGCGAACCAGAUCACGGCUUUGGCGUGAGGUGCUCGUCGCUUGGGGCCGCCGCUGGUCUGCCGCCGCCCCCUACUCCGCAUCUGCCGAGCCCUCCCGGGUCCGGGCGCUGGUCUAUGGGCACCACGGGGACCCAGCCAAGGUCGUCGAACUGAAGGACCUGGAGCUAGCUGCUGUGGGCGGAUCAGACGUCCAUGUGAGGAUGCUGGCGGCCCCUAUCAAUCCAUCUGACAUAAAUAUGAUCCAAGGAAAUUAUGGCCUCCUUCCCAAGCUGCCUGCUGUUGGAGGGAAUGAAGGUGUUGGACAGGUGGUGGCAGUGGGCAGCAGUGUGACUGGGGUGAAGCCAGGAGACUGGGUGAUUCCAGCAAAUGCCGGUUUGGGAACCUGGCGGACUGAGGCUGUGUUCAGCGAGGAAGCACUGAUCGGAGUUCCAAGUGACAUCCCUCUUCAGAGCGCCGCCACCCUGAGUGUCAAUCCCUGCACGGCCUACAGGAUGUUGAUGGACUUUGAGCAGCUGCAGCCAGGAGACAGUGUCAUCCAGAAUGCGUCCAACAGUGGAGUGGGGCAAGCAGUCAUUCAGAUCGCCGCAGCCCUGGGCCUCAGGACCGUCAAUGUGGUCCGAGACAGGCCUGACAUCCAGAAGCUGACUGACAGACUGAAGAAUCUAGGGGCUGAGCAUGUUCUCACAGAAGAGGAGCUAAGGAAGCAUGAAAUGAAAAAUUUCUUUAAGGACAUGCCCCAGCCCCGACUUGCUCUCAACUGCGUUGGCGGGAAAAGCUCCACAGAGCUGCUGCGACACUUAGCGCCUGGGGGAACCAUGGUGACCUACGGGGGAAUGGCCAAGCAGCCUGUCAUAGCCUCUGUGAGCCAGCUCAUUUUUAAGGAUCUCAAACUUCGAGGCUUUUGGUUAUCCCAGUGGAAGAAGGACCACAGUCCAGCCCAGUUCAAGGAGCUGAUCCUCACACUGUGCAGUCUCAUCAGCCGAGGCCAGCUCACGGCCCCUGCCUGCUCCGAGGUCCCACUGCAGGACUACCAGCGUGCCUUGGAAGCCUCAAUGCAGCCCUUCGUGUCUUCAAAGCAGAUUCUGACCAUGUGCUAAUCGCAUAGGAGCCAGAGUGAGGUGGGAGGGAAGACGGAUCGGUAGGACUGGUUUCAGGCCCCUCGGUCAGGGCCCUCAGCUUUCCCCAGGCUGCCCUCUGACUAGGGGGGUUGUGAAGCCAGCCAGGGCCAGCCCCUGGGUAUCUAAUAAAGUCUGAACUUCCUAAGAACAGACACACACAAAA